AUGGAAAACUAUGUCAAGCCACAGAACGAUAGCUGCACUCACGAAGUCCGAGUGCCAAAAUUAGAGUACCAGACUCUGGAAGUUAACACAAAGCAACUCCGUCUACUAAUUCUUCUACAAGCCUCGAUCGAAUGGGAAGAUCCUGAGUUGGCGUGGGACACAUCGGUGUACAAGUUUGAUGAAGUAAUUCUGCCAGUAGACAAAAUCUGGACUCCAGAACUCCUUGUAACAAACGCAAUGACAUCAACUCUGAAGCACGGCUCUGCUAAUGUGCUGGUGUACAGUAACGGCACAGUGAAGGACGAUCUGAUCAUAAAUGCAGAGGUGAACUGUGAAGUUAACCUGUUCAACUAUCCCUUCGCUUAUGAUGUGUGUCCUGUUGCAGUACAAGCCUGGGACACUGACAGUAAGCUCAGCAAUUCACUAAUAUACUACAUAUGUGAUCAUUUCUGA